AAUCGGAGCAACCCUGCCGAGCCCUCCGCUAAUGUCAUGGCAUGGCCAAGCCAUGCCCAGGCCUUCUGGCUGUUGGCGACUUUAUUCAGCGCUCGAGCCGAGAUUUUCACAGGAGCCUUCGGUUGGGCUCUGCAGUUCGACGGGUUGGAUGACUUCGUCAUGCUGCAGCCCGAGCUGCCGGGGCCGCCCUGCACAGUGGAGUUCUGGGUGCAGCCAACCAAGUUGACUGAUGGCCUCGGCCAGGAGCUGGUGCGCUUCACUCAGAACGGUGUCUUGUUGAGCCGCCACUCACCGAUCGGUGGCAGAGUGUUGUUGUCCUUGGAAUACCUGGGCUCCCAAGUCUGGCUCUACGGGCGCACCAUCGACAACGUCAAGGCGCCGGCCAGCGCCGGAGACAUGUUUCACUAUGCGAUGGUGCUCACCGAGGAGGAAGCCGUGUUCUAUGUGAACGGGGAGGAGAGCACUCGCUUCGCCAUCUCCUCAGCCGAUGUGAAGGCGCUCUGGGAACCAGACGCCGCCUUCCCCUGGAUCUUGGGCGCUCGGGUGCAGGAGAUUGGCGGUGAGUGGCGGACAGAUGACCGCCCCUUCGGUGGCAUCAUGGAUGAGAUGCGGUGGUGGAACAUGAGUCGCAGUCAGCAGGAGAUUCAUGACACCAUGUUUCAGUCGAACCUGCAGGGCGAGCCCAAUUUGGUGCACUCUUGGAGCUUCGAUGAUCCCCAGCAGUCAGGUGUGGCAGCUGGCUUCAUCCCCGGCUCCGGGAAUCGCUUUCGCUCCCCGCGCUGGGUCCCCUCCCCCUUCCGGGGCUUCGGAGCGCCGGUGGUGGUGCAGGCGAGUCUGGGCGGCUGGAAGACGCUGGAGAUUUGCGCGACCUUCCACGCGGCUUUGAAUGAGGUGCAGGAUGCGCACUGCACACUGCCCACCCUGACAGGUGGGCGCUUGAAAGUGGCCGGCGCGGAGACUCUGCUGCGCCUGACGGCGAGGGCGUCGCAGCUUUGCGGGGAGGCCCUCUUCCUCCCAGAGGUCCCCGGCUUCGAGAAGGCGAUUUUCCACGUGCAAGCGACCGACCUUUCGGGCCGAGUGCUCACCACCACCGGGGAGUUGCAUCUGGAGGUGGAUGUGAACCAUGCCCCGGUGGCGGGCAAGGCGCGUGCGGUCAAGACGGACGGCAAGUCCUCCUACGCGCUCUUGGGAUAUUCGCCAACCCCCAGCGAGUUCACGCUCUCCUUGUGGAUCAAGCCAGAGGUGUUGACAGAGGACUCCUACAUCAUCUCGCGGCAUUUGGUGACCGGGGACAACAUCCUGAUGUUUGGGUUGUGGCAGUUCCGUUAUUUCUUCUCCUUACGGUGUCGCAGGAGCUGCAACGGGGGGCAGCUGGCAAACCACGCCGCUUUCAUGCCCGAGGAGGAGGACGACCAGCUGGUCUUCGAGACGGGUCUCACUGCCAAGCAGAUCCGCGACGCACGGAUCGAAGCCCACCACGUAGGCCUCACCCUGCGCUGCCUCACCCGCGGAUCUGCAGAAGAACCCGCCAAAGCCCUGCUCGUGAUGUACCGAAACGGGCAGAUGAUCUACCGGAACUACAUCGCGACCUGCCCCGACGACGAGGCGGACUACCCGGAGCUCUCCUUCACGCCCUGGGAACUGGGCUCGGAGUUUGAUGGCGGCCAAUGGGAUGAGGACCUACAGAUGGCGGUGACCCCCUCCAACUUCCUCCGCGCCACCUUCGACGACGUGCGGCUCUUCAACGCCUUCCUCAGCGAGCAGGAGAUGGCCGACCUCGUAAGCAACCCGUCGUCUGUGCGGCCCCAGGCGCUGAUGCUGCAUUACACCUUCGACGCGGACGAUCAAGACGCAUGCACUGUCCGGCGGUUGAUGAACAGCAGUGCCGCAUGCUUCGACUUCAAUGAGGACAACCGCCGUGUGGAUGAAGCGGCUCUCGCGCGGUUUCCCCUCAACUCCUGGAUCGGCUCCGAACCCGCGCACGUGCCCUCGCCCUUUCCCAUCGCGGGUGCGGUGGUGCGCUGCGCCAUGCCUGAGAAGAGCUGCGCGGAGGUGCAGUUGCAUGGCUCUGAUGCGGACGGCGACACCUUGGACUUCCGGCUUCGAACCGCCUACCCCGCGAACGCCUCGCUGGUGGGCCAAACGCUGAGGUUCUGCGAUGCCCUGGGGGGUCGCCGCGACGUGGAGAUCCACUACGACACCUGCGACAGCCACGGCGCGUGCGCCUCAGAGGCCACAGGCUUCGGGCUGCUGAUUCUCCACAUCUUCCCGCUGGGGCCGCAGUUGGUGGCCUUCCAGUAUUUGCCGAUGCCCCACCAGCUGCGACUGGUUUUCAACCAGGCCACCAACCAGCCCUCCCCGACGGCUGUGCGGGAGCAAUUGGUGCAGGUCUCCGGCCUGGACAAGGCAGACGUGCUGGACGUGACUUGGGAAGGCGUGGAGGGCAAAGCAGUGCGUUUGUUGGUGCGGCCCUCCGUGCGGAUACGCGAGGACGCCAAGGUCACUUUGAGCGAGGCCGGAAACCUCCGGGACGCACAAGCCACCUCCUUCCCAGCCUUCGGCGAUGGGUUGCUGGAGAUCUUGCAAUGUGCACCAGGCACCACCCUGUCGCCUGGACAGGUCACUUGCCAGGGCUGCGGACCAGGCCAGUACCUGGAUCAGGAGCAGUGCCGGCCCUGCCGCCCGGGCACCUUUGCCCUGCAGAGCGUCGAAAUAUGCGAGACCUGCCCACGAGGCAGAUGGCAGAGCGCCUGGGGCGCCAGCGGCUGCGUGGCUUGCGCGGAGUCCAUCCGCAACGCCACCACCUUGGAGUUGGGCGCGACCUCCGACAGCCUCUGCCGAUGCCCGCAAAGCACCUUCCUCAUCAAGAGGACCACCGCGGCCUGCGAGGCGUGCACCUCGGGCUUGCACUGCCCCGGCGGCAACGAGCCGCCGCUGCAGGCCGCAGGCUACUUCGCGCACGAGGUGCUCUUCGAGGACGCGGCGCUCAGCGCGGUGCGGCUGGUGGCCUGCGCGCCGCUGCGCUGCCCGCAACGGGCGCUGGGCACCUGCCCGGAGCGCCAGACGGGGCUCGCCUGCAGCCGCUGCGAGGCGGGGUACCAGUGGAGGACCAAGUCCUGCGAGGAGUGUACGCUGGAAGGGAAUCUUGCGCCCAUCGGCCUGCUGGUGUGCGCGGUCCAGCUGAUCAUCGGCUUGAUCUGGCGAAUGGUAGGACCUAUGGGGGAAAAGACCUUCUUCAACAGCGACAUUGCCACCAUAGCCGCUCUGGUGAAUAUCCUGGCCAACGUGCUGCAGGCCCUGGGCGCCGUGGCGGAGCUGCCCUUGCGCUUCGAGAACUCCAUGCCCAUCUUCGAGGCACUGAAGGUGGCCAGCCUCAGCGUGGAGGUCCUGGCGCCGGAGUGUGCCUUUCGAGGAGGUCCGGAGAUGCUCUACGUGGGAAGCUUGUCGGUCCUGCCCUGCAUGCUGCUUGCCAUGUUGGUGGCCGCCAAGAUCCGGCAGUGCUUGCGGUGCCAGGUGAACUGGUCCUACAUCUUCAGCUGCCAAGGCACGCUCGUGCUGCUCAUGUACUUGUCGGCGGCUCGCCUCGCGGCUUUGCCCUGGCAGUGCGCGCAGAAUCCCGACGGCAGCAGCUCGGUCAUGGCCUUCCGCGCGGUGCUGUGCUGGGAGUCCAGGUCUCACUUCCUGAUGCUGAUGGGCUCUCUGGGUGCCUUGAUUCUCUUCACUGUGACCCCCUUGGCCGCCAUCUUCUGGGCGGUGUGGGUGUACCCCUCACGACUCCAGCGGCCUGGGGGUAUCCACUUUAUGGUGCGCUGGCGCUUUGCCUUCGGGCGGUUCUCGGCAAAGAGCUACAGCUACUCCGUGGUCUUCAUGCUACGGAACUUAGCCGUCGCCCUGGUACCGGUGCUUCUGGUGAACAUUCCACAGCUGAACGUGCUGCUUCUGAACCUGACGUUGACGCUGGGCAUGGCAAUUCAAGUACGGCUUUUCCCUUGGCGCACCUACACGCCGAACCUCAUCGAUGCCGCCGGCUCCAUCUUCGUGUGUGGACUUCUCAAUACCUGCAUGGCUCUCUUGUACCUGGAGCCAGAUGUCUUCGUCUUCCUGCAACACUGGAUCACUGCUCAGUUCGUCUUCAUGGCAGUGGUGAUGGGCUGCAUUUUGAUCGGCCACUUCCUUGCCAUCUGCUCCAGCCGGAAGUUCUACCACAUCUUCCUGAGCCACCACAAAGCCAGCGCAGCCUGCCUGGCGCGCUGGUUCAAGGUCUGCAUGACGGACGAGGCGAGCUUGAACAUCUUCCUGGACUCCGAUGACCUAAACCUUGACCUGCUCUUUAAUACGGUGACCCAGAACACCCGCAACCUGGUGGUCCUCUUGACCAAGGAUGCACUCCUCAGACCCUGGUGCGUGGGUGAGAUUGUCUGCGCCUUCAACGCGGGAGUGAAUGUUGUUUGUAUGCAAUGCAACGACUUUCUGCCCGGGAACGGCGCGAAGAUUCUGCAGCAGCUACAACAGGUUUGGAAGGAAUCUGAGAAGAACGUUUUGGCCAACUACGGAAUUCCCAUGUACUCCAUCGCCAAGGCACUUGACCAGCUUGAGAACACUCCCACCAUUCGAUUGGAUCGAGCUUCCUCGGAAGAGCGCCAGAUGGAUGUUAUGAUGCAGACCCUGGACAGGUGCCAAUUGAAUCGCAUGAAGCUGAUGUUGUCUGGAGCAGACCGCGCUUGUCGAGCUGCUUUGCGAGGGACACUUCGACCAAGGAGCGGGGAUGCGCGGGUGGUGAUUAUCAGCUCCUGGCAGUAUGAGGCAAGGACCUGCUCCUUCCUCGUGCGACGCAAGCUCAUGGGUUUCGCACAACUCUUCGUGGAGGUCUUGCAGGAGAAGGA